AUUAUCGUCAAAUCUUAAUCUUGAAUCUCCGGAUUCCAGAAGUUCUCUUUUUCCUUUUCCUAAUCUGCUGUCAGAAGUGACACUCGUCCCCCUCCCUUUUCCCCCACAACCACCACCACCACCAUCCACCAUGGAAACCGAUCCCGGAUUCAUCGCCGCUCUCGAGGAGGCCAAGCAGGGAUUGGCCGAGGGAGGUGUCCCCAUUGGAGCUGCCCUGGUGUCCAAGGAUGGCAAGAUCCUCGGUCGCGGUCACAAUAUGCGCGUCCAGAAGGGCAGCGCCGUUUUGCAUGCUGAGAUGUCUGCGCUUGAGAACUCGGGUCGGUUGCCCGCUUCGGCCUACGAAGGUGCCACCAUGUACACCACCCUGUCGCCAUGCGAUAUGUGCACCGGUGCCUGCAUUCUCUACAAGGUGAAGCGCGUCGUCAUCGGCGAGAACAAGAACUUCAUGGGCGGGGAGGAAUACCUUCUCAACCGUGGGAAGGAAGUGGUGGUCUUGGAUAACAAAGAGUGCAAGAAGUUGAUGGAGGACUUUGUCAAGGACAAGCCGGAGCUCUGGAACGAGGACAUUGCCGUCUGAGUCACCGCGAGAAAAGGAUUUUGCAGAUACGCUGCAGCGGAGGUAUCCAAUACGUAUAUAUAUAGUCAACAAGAGAGCAAAUGAGUCAUACCC